GCCCGCGCUGCUGCUGCUACUUCCGAUGUGGACUUUCUGGUCCCAAGCGGGAUCUCACAUGCGCCUUUGACUCUUCAAGGAUGUUCCACCUCGAUGGGACUCUGUCAGCCGUCACUUCUGCGCUCCUGUUAGGAAUAACUUGCCUGGCCGUCGUCUGCGAUCGCUCCACGGGCUCAUCGGACUUCUCAGGCUACUUGUCCAAAGUGUUAAAGAACUACACGGAGCAGGCCUGUGACGGCGAGCUCCUGUCUGCGCGCUGCCCGCCUCGCACCACCAUCACGGUCCAAUCGGCGUUUUACGGAAGGAAAGGCCCCUCCGACCUCCAUCAGUGCCGUGAGAGCUACCAGGCCCUCCUUGGCUAUUAUGACGCUCGGGGGGAUGAGCACUGCUCCGUGUCCACUGCCCUACAGAAAAUGCUGGACGAGUGCCAAGACAGACGGAGCUGUCAAGUUCUCGUCAACAGCCGCGUGUUUGGGAUGGACCAGUGUCCCGGCAGCAGCAAAUACCUCACGCUCUGGUACAAGUGCAGACCCAAUGAAUACAAAAGCAAAGUGGUGUGUGAGGAGGACAGGAUGAGGCUGAGCUGCAAACGGGGGAUGCAGAUCGCGGUCUACUCCGCCAUGUUUGGUCGCACCCAACAGGGCACUCUUGAGUGUCCCCCGCAGCACAGGAGAGCCUCAUCAGUGGAUUGCGAGUCGUCCAUCGCCCUGCGGGUCGUCACCUCUCGCUGUCAGGCCAAGAAGAGCUGCGUGGUUCGAGCCUCAUCCAGGGAAUUUGGGGAUCCCUGCUACUCUGGCACCAGGAAGUACCUCAGCGUCAUCUACACCUGCGUCCCAAAGAAGUUACUCCAGGAACAAAGCUCCAGAGCGCCAGCGUACUCCCCACCGUCCGGCGCCCAUGACCCCAACAUAGUGGGAGACAGCCCUCCUGAGGGGACUUCAGUCAAACGCCCCAACGCUGUUCCAGAUCGGAAGCGCAUCAGAGAGACCAGCGCCGACCAGGAGAGGUAUCCCGAGGUUGGAAGAGGGGGAGGCGAGGCGCCCUUGAGGCCCCCGGAGAUGAAUCCCAUUAUUAACUCCACUUCCAGCUCCAGCAUGGCCCUCAUUAGCAACGCUCUGGCGGCCUACACAUACGUCUCAAACCACCCAGAGAGGGCGGCUCUCUUCUUUGUCUGUGGUGUCUGUCUGGGCCUCUUCCUUACCCUAUUCGCGCUGGUGGUCCAGAUCUCCUGUCGCACCGACUGCCAGCCGCCCCGCCGGCAAGCCGCCGCCAAGAAACGAGCGCGCCCCGCCGCCGACUCGUCGUCGGACUCCAGCGACUCCGACUCGGAUUGGGACGCCAACUCGGACCUGUCGGCGCGACGGCACCGGCGCUUCGAGCGCACGCUCAACAUGAACGUGUUCACCUCGGCCGAGGAGCUGGAGCGAGCGCAGCGGCUCGAGGAGAGGGAACGCAUCAUCAGGGAGAUCUGGAUGAACGGGCAGCCCGACGUCCCCGGGACGCGAAGUCUCAAUCGGUAUUACUGACCGCCGCUUUGGACGGAACGCUCACUCGAAUAAGACUUCGGAUGGCUCGCACCUGUCAACCAAUAAGGAGGUACUGCAAAUUUGGGAAGAGAAUCCCCCCCCACCGAGGUCGUUGGCCUUCUCCUUUGGGUAUCGUAAUUUUCCCCCACUUGUAGGAGUGUUUUCCCCCGCUCUACCUCUCAGCUGGAGCGUACUGCCGGAAGCGAGGGGCCUCGCCCAUGACCUCAAGGAAGCCCUUUUUUUGAAGUCAGGCCCUUCGGUUUUUAGCUUCCUAGGACCCGUACAGACCUGCGGAGACUUGACGGUGAUUAAAGAGGCGAGCAAGGCAUCAGGCAGCUGCAACACUUGGAUCUUUAGCCAGCAUUUAAGACCUAAAAGUGUACAGGACAAUCUUUUUUUUUUUUCUUUCCCCCCGGCCCCCACAGAGGAUGCUGCCUUUUACAAAACCAAAAAAUAUUUCCUUCACCCCCCCCAUCCUUAUGAAAUCUAUUUUAUAAUAUUUAAUAGUUUAUUGAUUUUUGUGUAUUUUGGUUCUCGCGUAUGGUUUAUUAUGAGAUAUUUUUAUACUUGGCAAAGGUUGUCCGGCGCCUCAGGGAUACAAUCCUACAGUGUCUGUGUGUUUUUGCCUUCUAAGAGGGGAGGAGGGGUAAGCCCCCUUUUUUUUUUUUUUUGAAAUCAUGUACGUCAGCCUCUAGCAGUUAAAGAGAUACGAUAUGAUACAGAGAGCCUCAAAGAGGUUUUUAGUGAUUUAACCGUAUUUUUGAUACAGGAUAUGAAACUCACAGUGCAGUGCCUUUUCAAACUAUGAGGUCUCUCACAGGGUCUGAUGACUAGAAAUACCAAAUCAUUGAGCGUAGUUCCUUCUGGUUGUUUUCGGUUGCGUUUGCUUCAGUGAAACACCGAUUGAACUGAACAGGACUCGUAUCUGGAAGUAUCCGUCGCUGUGUGAUGAAAAUCACAUCGGCCAUGUUAAUAUAAGCUAUUUACAAUCCAGUUCUGUUUGUGCUUCUCUGGUUUCAAGUGUAGAAAUAACCAUAUUUGUCUUUCAUAGUUUUUAUUUUUAUUUUUUUAACUUGAGAGGUGAGUAACCGAUAGCACACAUAUUAGGGUCACCCACAUUGGGACAGCCUGUCUAUGCUGUAUCAUUUUUAGAACAUUUAUUGUUUUCAUUUGGACAUGAACACGCCGAUAGCUGACCAACACGAGGGCAGGAGGUGACUCCUCUGUUUGGAAUAAACGUUUCAGAAAUCAUGUCUUCUGAUAUUUUGAGUCCAUCUAUCCAUUAUUUCGAAUGCUUCUCAUUAUUCAGCGUCGUGGGUCUCCUGGAGCCGAACUCAUCCGAGUUUGAGCAAGAGGCGAGGGAUAGCCUGAACUGGUAUCCAGCCAAUCACAAGACAAAAAAAAAAUCUUCAAUUAAUCAUAAAGGAGGCUCAAGACAUGCAGCCAUGGGGAUAACAUGAAAAGGAAGGAAGGAAAAAAAAGAAAGAGGACAAAAACUCAGUCUCCAGGAAGGAUGGAAAGGUGAAGGAACGAAGGUCGGAAGAA